AUGCCCAGCGUCAUUGUUAACUGCACCUUCAACCCUCCGGUGCUCUCCAUCGUUGGUGCGCCGCUGCGCCAGGAGACCCUCGACGCCCUCGAGAAGGUCCUUCCGUGCUGCACGACGACCAGCCAAAACAGCCUGGGCGCCGCCGUUGGCAGCGCCCCGAAGUUUAUGCUCGUUAACAACCAGCCGAACACAUGGCGCCUGUCGAUUGGGCAGCACUACUGCGACCAGCGCGGCCGCUGCGUCAUGUUCGCGGAGAUCAUCAAAGCCCUUCACGCGGAGGGCUGGACGCUGCGCACCACGAGCUCUCACGAGUCUGGCAACGACAAAGACGUGGCCCGCCUCUUUUUCUGGCGUCCCAGCUGA